GGAUAUAAACGCGGUUUUGCAUUCUUAAUAGAUUACUAUAAGGAUGGAGCCUUAUACAACCAAGUAUAUUUAUAUGGUAAUACAAUAGGGGCUGCCAUGGAAGACUUCAAGAAACUUCCUCAAAACUUACAAACUCAGAACAACUUUGAUCGUCUGGUGGAGCUCGAGCAGCAAAAGUUGGGGUUGGAGAAGCUACGCCUCGAACAAA